ACAUGACAAAAAUUUUAAAUUAGAGGUAAAAAAAAAGAAGAAAAAAGAAGAAAAAAGUCUAUCUUGUGGGUAUGAUUCCUGAAGGGAAGCAGCUCAAUACUUUCUCAAAUGAUUCCUACAUUGGGAAUUCAGGGUUGUGUGGAUUACCAUUGACAAAGAAAUGCCACAACGAGGAAGAACCAGGAGCAUCUCCAUCAAAAUUUGAUGAAGAAGAAGAUGACUCUGCUACAAUCUUUGAAUGGAAGUUUGCAUUAACGGGUUAUGGGUGUGGACUAGUGUUGGAACUUAGUCUGGCAUACAUUGCGUUCACGACAGGAAAACCAUGUGGGUAGUGAAGAAGGUGGAGAAAUAUCAGCAAAAAUUUGUUGGAAGAUGCAACGGCAGGCAUAAGAAGAGAAAAAAACCCAAAAACCCAACCAACGCUGUUAGUUGAGUGCAAGCAGGUGGAAUUGAUUUCCUACACUGGGAAGAUCUGACAACAAAUAAUGUGUGCAUAUAUAAGCUUUGUUUUGCGUUGCUUCAUGAGUUUGUUUUCAUCUUUUACAUGUUCGUUGUUGAUAUAUAGUUGCAGCAUCCGAUCUACUUUUGAGUACUGUAUGAAUUUGUGUUGAUUUCUUUUAGAUUUGAUCUAUCUGCUCUGCACAAAGUUCUCAUGUAUUUUCUUACUGUAUUUUCUUAUCGUAAUGUGUUGAUCUAUCUCUUCAUAUCAUAUUCUCUCUUCCUAUGGUUUGGUUGCCUUUGAACGGUGUGUUUUACUGAAUAAAUAUGAAAAUUUCUUAAUAUUGGACCCCCAAACUUCUUUCACCAUAUUUCUCCAAUCAAUGUUGAAGCAGACGCAUCUGACGGAUGUGUUGUUGGAUGCAAGCUGAACGAUUUCGAGAAGGAUUAGUACUUAGGACUUAGGAGGGCUGGGUGAGGGAUGAACCCAACAACCUCUGCUCUCUAGCCAUCGCCAAAUUGAAGUCUUAUUCUUUGGCUGGUGAUCUGAUUCAAGCGCAGUCGUGCUGUUUCCGUUCGCUCACUAUUAUUGGAGAUGAAGCUGUAAUCUCAGUUUUCAGCUUUUCAGGCGUCAAAGGUGGUACUAUGUGUUGCUGCUGUCUCCUCAUCCUGGAUGCUUUUGGUUUUUGAAUUUUAUUUGCUAUUUAGCCUUUAUGGGAUUAGCACUCUUCUUCAUCUUAAUUCUUAUUUGUUCUUUUUGAAAACCUCUCGAAUGUUUUAUUGAUUUCAUCACAGUUUCUCCUUUGACGUUUUUGGUGGAUCACUCCAAAAAUCAGGAAACUCACCUUGUCACGGAGUGGUACAUUGUCUACGUACCAUAACCAGUUCACUUGGCUGUAUAUAGCAUCCUAAAAUUAAAUCUGUGGAACUAUGAGAGAUAGAUAUGACCCAAGACUUCACAUCCUCAAUCAAGAGAGGUUUUCUGUUGUCAUGGCUGAAUUAACUGCUUGUUUGGAU